AUGCGCGGUGUUCAGAUCUUCUCGGGGACUUCCCAUCCGGCCCUUGCUGAAGCCAUCUGCGAGCGGCUGGGCACCGUCCCAGCCAAAGCAGAGCUCCGGAAAUUCAGCAAUGGAGAGACCAGCGUCAACAUCAACGUGUCUGUACGAAACCAGGAUGUUUACAUUGUCCAAAGUGGAAGCAGCAAGAUCAAUGACAGUCUCAUGGAGCUUCUGAUCAUGAUCUCUGCAUGCAAGGGUGGUUCUGCGAAGUCGAUCACAGCCGUCAUGCCAUACUUCCCAUAUUCCCGCCAGUCAAAAAAGAAGAGUCAUCGUGGGUCUAUCGCUGCCAGGAUGAUCGCCAACCUCCUUACUAUUGCUGGAGUAAACCAUGUGAUCACACUGGAUCUGCAUGCAUCCCAAAUGCAAGGAUUCUUCGGCAAUCCAGUUGACAACCUAUUCGCGGAACCGCUGAUCGCUCGCUGGAUUCGGAUCAAUGUGCCUGGCUGGAAAGAUGCAGUGGUUGUCAGCAAGAAUGCAGGUGGCACUAAACGAGUCACCUCAUUAGCAGAUACCCUGAAGCUCAACUUUGGCAUUGUAACAACCGACAGGCGAAGACCGAAGGUCAAUGUGACCAUGACUGACAGCACAAUAUUCUUCGACUCGAUCGAGACAGAUGAUGAUCGAGACCGUCAAAGAGAUGACCAUCUGGUUCCGGGGGCAUCUGAAAACGCUGUUCAGGACCAUGUUCUCUCCACAUCGGCCGAUACGUUGCGUCCGGGGACCCCGCCUGCCGCUCGUCGGCCGUCAGAAUUGGAAGCAGCUGAACAUACCACCGAUGGACGAGCACGCGAUGUGAUUACCGGACGUCUGGUGCAGGGACACCUUGUGGACGACGACUACCCUUCCCCUGUCCUGUCUGCUGCGUCGACCCAGGCUCCGACUUUGGUUACAGAAAAUGGCCUCGAGCGUCAUGAGAAUGUUGUCGAUCCUAUGGCAGCCUCCGUCAUCUCUGCUACCUCGUCACUGCAGCCUGAACAUGCUCUGGGGGGCACGUAUGAUGUAGUCGAGUCGGACGACGAUGAGGCACAAGCUCUCAGCAGCAACGCGGAAGAGAGAACCAUCACUCUAGUCGGAGACGUGAAAGAUAAGACGGUGUUUAUCAUUGAUGACAUGAUCGACCGGAGCCGAUCCUGGAUCGCUGCCGCAGAAACCGUUGUGAAGAAAGGCGGUGCGAAGAAGGUAUACUGCAUUGCUACGCAUGGAAUCUUCGGGGAUGACUCCCUGGAGCAAAUGGAGGCGUGUGAUGCUAUUGACCAUAUCGUUGUCACCAAUUCUUUCCCUAUCCCCAUUGACAAGUCCCGGCGCUCCAAGAAAUUGGUCGUCAUCGACGUCUCGGCUUUGCUGGCGGAGAGCAUUAGGCGCCACCAUUACGGCGAGAGGUAUGAAAAGACGAGUGACAUAUCUGCAUUAUUCGAUGGUGGUUGUUAUUGA